GCUCGCGCUGCGCGCGUGCCGCUCGCUCGCUCGCCUGGAGCCCGGGCAAGCCUCGGAAAGAGCAGAAGCGGCGGCCGCUGCAGGGAGCUGCAAAGGGGGGCAGGAGGCGGGAGACAAUCCGAGAAGCGGCGCCGGCAACGGCUUGUGGGUCCCUGGGGCAGCGGGGCGAGGGACGUGGGACUAGGGGGUAACUGUCUUUGGAUGCAGCCCGCUUUCUUGAAGUGGGCGCCCCAACUAACCCUGACUGUCCCCGCAAUGCCCCUUAGCUGCAACCAGACCGGUGUUGGCGGGAGCGGCCGCUCCUAGCGACCGGCGGGACGGCGCGAAGGGGCCCCUGGCCAGCCGGGCCCAUCACGUGCAGCAGCCUCGGACGCGCCGAGGCGCUGUUUGCAGUGGACGUAGAGAGCCCGGGUCCUCCCCUGAGGGCAGCGGCCGUUCCCAUGGUGAAAGGCAGUUAAUGGAGAAGCGGGCGAAUGACAGCCGGGACUGUGGUCAUCACAGGUGGAAUAUUAGCAACAGUUAUUUUGCUCUGCAUCAUCGCAGUCCUAUGCUACUGUAGGCUUCAGUAUUACUGUUGCAAGAAAGAUGAGUCAGAAGAGGAUGAGGAAGAGCCUGACUUUGCUGUCCACUCCCAUGUCCCACCACUCCACUCCAACAGAAACAUCGUGCUGACUAAUGGACCCUCACUCUACCCAUCCUCCUCCACAUCUUUCAGCCAGAAAUCCCCCCAGUGCCGCACCGUCUGCCCCAGCUGCUCCCACUACGAACCACCAGCAUUCUUCCUUCAGGAACCAGAGGAAGUUCGAAAUGGGGGUGAGCGAAUCAACUAUAAGAACAUCAGUCAGGAAGACAUAGAGCUACCAGUGACCUUUGGUGGACUUCAGGCCCUCAACCCCAACCGCCUCUCUGCCAUGCGGGAAGCCUUCUCCCGAAGCCGUAGCAUCAGCACUGAUGUCUGAGCCCCAUCCUGACCCCUGGUCUGGCACUGAGGAGGAACACUGGACUGGGAAUUGAGACCUGGGUUCUAGGGGAGCUUUGCCACUGACUCACUAUGUGACCAUGGGCAUGUCAUAGUCUCAUUUUCUUCACCUGUAAAAAUGGGGGCUUUGAAUAGGUUGUCUCUAAGAUUCCUUCCAGUUCCAUCAUAAUUUGACUUGGAAGCCUUCAGUCUAAACUCCAGAUGCUGAACAACAGCUUCACCACUGGGGAAUCCACCAUGGGGGCUGACUGAGAGAGCUUAUGAGAUGAUAAAUAUAUUUUGGUAGUUCGUUGAUCCAGCAACAAAACAAGUCCUUCAGUCAAUCAGCAAACUAUUUCCUGAGCCCCUACUGUGUGUCCAGCUCUUCAUUAGGCACUACAGGAGACACAAAAAAAUAGAAAAUACAUUCCCUGUCUUCAAAGGUUGACAAUCUAGUUGGGGAGGUAGGGCACACAACAACAUAACUAACAGUAGCAGGUAGUCUGUCGUUAAUACCCAAGAGAAGUACAAACAGUAGGAAGAAAAGAGAAGAGAAAGGCCCCCCUGAUGUGAGGGGGUCAGGCUGGGAAGGUCAUUGUUUAAGGGUGAGCCUUCGAAAUAAAAGUGGGUAAAUUGCAACUGAGAUGACUGUCAUAGAAUGAGAGUAGCUAUGGGGUAUUGGGGUGCGAGAGGGAAGAACCCAAGAAUUAAGGGAGUUUAAGCCAUUGCUUCCCCUUUAUUAAAGAAAUUUUGGUACCAGGCUGUCUUCUGGCUCCCAGAACUGUCCUGAGUACCACCACAUCGAAUGUCUUGUCUCACAUAUCAGAUGGCUGCCUGAGGUUGGAAGGACUUUCUACUGGCAACUAGAAACACAUAGCCCCCUCCAGUUCCCAAUGGACACGAAGGUAUUCAUUCUUCUUUUCAAUAUCUCCCCGUCUUCUUGGGACCCCAGAUCCCUUUGGAUCCUAAGUGGCUUCUGGCCUUGGGUGACCCCAUCUGUGGAAAAGGAGCAGGAUACACAAGGGAGGAGAGAAUGAGCAUAAGGAUAUUAAAAAAUCACCUAAUUUGUCAUCAAUAUAUAAUGAAGUAUGACUCUUGUCCUGCCCCUAGCAUACACGGAAAUAUACAUGCAAAAAAGAUAGUGUUAAAAAAGUGACCCAAAUUUGCAAAAGACUUCCUGAAUCAAUCAAUCACAUAAGCACACACAAACAAAUAUACAAAUAUCAUACCCAGGCCUUUUUGAGAGAAAUGAGAAGAGCUUUUGCUGGUUGACAUAGCUGCCUCUCUGCUGGAACAGUCCUUGGAGUUUAAGUCAUUGUCCCAGAUGCCAGAAACUAGUUUGUCCCAUUCUCCUGCUUCUCACCUACCUUCCACAUUGAACACUGAUCUGCAGGCAUAAACAACAGGAUCUGUUCCAAAUUGUCUCUCAACAUACCCCCAGUUCCAACAAUUUCCUCUCUAAGUGUUUUAACAUUAACACACAGCUCAGCAGCAAUGGUACACAUUCUCCGGGUCUGGAGGAAGAAAGAAAUUGGUUUUAAUAUCUAACAUACUGAUAAAAGAAAUUCCCUAAUCCUAAUGAUGGGCAAGUCACUUAACCUCCCAUGAAAGCAGCCAUUCAUAUAGGUCUCCAAUCAUUUUCUAUUUAGUAAAAGGCAAUACUUACUCUUUGGUGGCAGUUCAUUAAACUAUAUUUUUAAAAGGGUACAGGAAACUAGACUGUCUGGAAAAUCUUUACCCCCUUAGCUUCUCUCUGGAUGCCCCCAGUUCUGUCUCUAGGGAUUUCUGCUUCAAGACUACACUGCAUGGGAUUUGGGGAAGAAUAGACCUUUGAGACAUUCUGCUCACAACCAGAGAAGAUACUCCUCACUGAACUCUCAGUUAAAACUUCUACUUAGAAGACGUGCUCUUGGCAAAGGGCAAGCUGUCAUUUUAAGAGUUGUGGUUGAUUUAUAAAUAUUGUGCGCACCGUGACAAGAUAUUUUCCUCUCUUUUCCAGAAGGUUUUUAAUUCCUCAGAAGAGGUUUCAAAGUACAUGAAAGACUCACCACUUUUGGUAUUCUUGAUUUUCUUUCUUCUUCUCUUUCUGCUUUUGUCUAUAGCACAUUAGAUUUGCCCAGUUAAUCCAUCCCUAAUGGGGCAUGUAGUCAGUGAAGCUUUGGUGUGAGUUUCUUUGCCAGGGAUGGUGUUCUCAGUGGUCCAAUGUUAUAAUAGAAGCUUGAACCAAACUCUUACUUUGUAUAAUUCUUAUCUGAAGUUGGCUCUGUUGCAUUUGACUUAGGGGGGAGGGGGGGUUGGGGAGGGACAAUUUCCUGUGGCUGUUGUCUUUCUAUUUUCCUGUUUUCUUUUCCAAUCUAUACAUAACUAUAAAACAUAUAUACAUAUGUAGCUUUGAAAUGAAACAAGAGAUGGGCAGCUGAAUUUCACACAGGUGGACUGCUGAGUGGGACUGACUCUUGGGCCUGCUGAAAAAACAAAAUAAAAUGAAACGAAAUGAAAUAAACCUUAUCUUUGACAUUA